GCCGGUAGAGCACGUCGCACGCAGGGGAGAAGCCGGGAGCCAAGAUGGAGGAGUACGCCCGCGAGCCCUGCCCCUGGAGGAUAGUGGAUGACUGUGGGGGUGCCUUCACAAUGGGAGCCAUUGGUGGUGGGAUCUUUCAAGCCAUCAAAGGAUUCAGAAAUUCCCCAGUGGGUGUAAAUUAUCGAUUGCGGGGUAGUUUGACAGCAGUUAAAACCAGAGCACCACAGUUGGGAGGUAGCUUUGCUAUCUGGGGCGGCCUCUUUUCCAUGAUUGACUGCAGUAUGGUGAAAACAAGAGGAAAAGAAGAUCCUUGGAACUCCAUCACCAGUGGUGCCUUAACAGGAGCCAUAUUAGCUGCAAGAAAUGGACCAGUUGCCAUGGUUGGGUCUGCAGCUAUGGGAGGAAUUCUUCUAGCUUUAAUUGAAGGAGCUGGUAUCUUAUUAACAAGGUUUGCAUCGGCUCAAUUUCCAAAUGGCCCUCCAUUUACAGAAGACCCCUCUCAGUUGCAGCCCUCCCCUUUUGGAGACUACCGACAAUAUCAGUGAUUUCUCGUAUUCUUCUGUUCCAUUUUGUCACUCUUAAAAGAACAAGCAUCAGUUGAAGACCUUCCAUUGAAUGUGUACACCCAGAUGUUCAUGCAAGUGCUUUUCCACAACAUUUAGAACAUCCACAAAUAGCAGAAAUCUUACUGUAAAGCAGAUGCAGGAUAUCCAGUAUAGCUCCUUGUCGUUAUCUCCUUUGACAAGAAGACUAACCAGAGUAUUGUACCGGCUUGGUUACAACUGCAGAAAGAACUGAACCCAUGGGCUUUACAGUAUGGCACUGAGCAUACUGGUGCUAUUGACUAGGCCAAGGAUGCACUGAACCAAAUGUCUGAAGGCGGCACGCAAGAAACGAACUGUAGGUGCCUCAGUCAGAAGGCAGAUAAGGAGUAUACGAAUAGGCUAAAUAAACAAGCCAAGACAACUCGGAUGGGCUGCUUUUGUUUUUAUAUCAGGCUAUUCGAAUGAAGGACUUAUUGGGAAAUCCAUUGAAACAUUACAGGGAACACUUUUCUCACUUCAUAGUAUAACAAAGUAUACUGCAUAGUACAUUGACUUUCUUGGAAAUUGUCCUAGGCUGUAAGACUACUCAGCUUUGAUUCCCGCCCAAAGUCUAUCCCAGGGGUCCACAACCACAAAAUGGCUGUUGCAGGAGGUUGAGCCACACUCAAAGGAAGCCCAAGGGCAGGGAAGAGGAGGGGUAAAUAAAGCCACCAUUGUGUUGGCAGCUGCCAAAGAAGCAGUAUUAUUUUAACCUACAUACCCAAUAACAUCCUUCUAAAAAUACUUCGCUGGCACCACGUUGGGGACCCCUGGUCUAUUCAGUCGUCCCCCCCCCUCCCGUUUCUAAUUCAUUGACUGCCUUGUAUUCCAAACAUCUUGCUGUUUUUUAGUGGAGUUUCUAGGUAAAUUAUGAAUCUGCCUAUCACUGUUCAAGGCAAGAAAAUAUCUCCUUUCCUACCUGGCUGCCUUGUAGGAUAAAAAAAGACCACUGACAAUUUCAGGCAUUAUGCUGUUGUCAUGGUGCUCUUAGCUGAGUAGGUAAUGAUCCCAUUUGCUCAAAAAUGACUGUUUUCCAAAGUAUGCUUGUAAAAUGUGCACAGUGGAAUAAACUUAAUUACUGCUGCUAAUUCAGCUGUCUUUGUUUUUCCUUCAAGCUGUGCUUAACUAUAAGUGUACUCUUCCCUUUGAAGCACUCCUGGCACCUACUUUUUUAGAUGUUUUAAUGGUUGGUUUGAUGUUGUGUGCUGCUUUUUCAUAUGCAAUUUCUUCAAAACUCCUGGACCUGUACUCUACCACUUUAUGCAGGUGGGAACUCCUAUGACUGAAUGCCUGCUAUACCUACCAUGAGAGAGUUUUCUAUAUACAUGGAAACGCCGAUCUGCAUCCAUUUUAGGAAAUUUGUUCUAUGCAACCUGUUGAGUUAAACAUACUGGCCCUAGUUUUGGUACAUUCCUCGGUCUCUAUAUGCACUUUUUGUUACUGCAAACAACUACUACAGGAUAAUUCCACAAUCUGUUUAAAUCAAAUUACGUAAAGAAGAUGAACAAGGUAAAGAGGUCAAGUGUGGACAUCUGUUGCUCCAACAUAUACUGCAUUAGAGAUAUCA